CUUUUGCUUAUGUUUUAAUGCUAUUCGAAAAUAAAGAAAUAGAUUAAUUAACAAAUAAGGUAGUUUGGCAAAUACCGGGAAAAGUUAAAUAAAAACUGGAAAAAAAAUUAAUUUCAUUUGCGUGACAUUAAUGCCCAACCUCCGCGAUAUGUGAUUGGUUACUURUCUCUGCAGUUGAUUGGGUUUCGUGAUGCAUUUAUAUUCAUACAAAUGAUAAGUUAUCAAACUAUAGUUGCCUGUAGCAACACGAGUAUGGUAUAAUAUGGCCACGAUAAACUUGCCACCUUCUUUAACGAUUCUGUGAAAGUCAGUYUUCUUCGACACUCGGAAAAAAUUACAGAAAUAAUGACGGUCAAAGUUGAGCUGCAGCAUCUUUUGGGAUUGGCGAUCGGUACGCCUGAAAUUGGUGCAGUCAAUUUCAACAUCUUACAUGGUGUUGUGCGUGAAAUUUUGAAACAUUUAGCGAUACACAACAAACCUAUAGAACUUGAAGAAGAUGGACAAUUUCGAGCAGCCUAUGGUAUCGUKAAAACAAGUGUAGACGGCGUAACGACUGAUAACAAGAACGCUUCGGAUAAAGUUUCUCAAGACACGAAAGAUGGACAACCAGGUAGCGUUACUACAGGUUUCGAAAAAACUAUUUUGCCAGGCCAGUUUGGAAAUUUUGAAUCYAAGCUCUCGGAAAUCGAGAAGAAACUCGAAAUGCUUGACGAUUUACCGAGUAACAGCGACAUUCUGCAGAGAGCCAAGCAGAAGAAGGAUGGUAGAACUCCAGUUGGGGAUAUAUGGCAGUUUAUAAACAUUAAUCGCCGACUAGGAGCAACCGAGACAGGCAUCGAAAAGUUAAGCAGUUUGCUGGACAGUAUGAUGUCUGAGGUGAAUGAUAUCAAAGAAGCAAAUCCUCACCAAACCUCACUUGAUUUUCAGCUCGAAAAGAAAAACAGUACUUUAGAACAAAGAAUAUCCUCUUUGGAAAGUGUUGAUAAUUCAGAAGACAAAAAGAAAUUAGAAGACCUUCUAAAAGAGCUAAAAAAACUCAAAAGUCAAGUUGACGACCUCCCAACGAAAGAAGAUAUUGGUGACCUGGAUAUUUUUGUUAAAUGGCCACAACUAGAAGAAGCCCUGAAUGCAAGAUCAAGACCCAGAACAGCCACRCCUAAACCACGAACCCCUACACCCACCCCACCUCCAAGAUCACCUACCCCGGUCCACCCUAGUGAGGAYGCUCUAGAAGCUCUAAGGCAAGUGGGUGAAUUAAGGGACAAACAUGAAGACAUGGUAGAGAAAGUGGGUGUUCUUGAGGAAAAGAUGCCUAUGAAAGCAAACUUAGAUGAUUUAGAGGAGCUGAAAAAGCGUCCAGCUGUGCCACCAGAUAUUGUUGAUCAGCUGAAAAAAAUGAGAGAGGCUAUUGAYGCAAUUAACAAAUGGAGAGAAGAGAAAACCAUUCCCGCUGACCUUGAGGAUCAGUUAAGGUCACUGCGAGAAGGCUUGGCUCUACUUGAUAGUCACAAGAAUCAGAUAAACAAAAUGAAUGACCAACUGAAAGGCCUUAGAAGUGUAACAGACCUACUGACAGAUCACAAUGACAAGAUUCAGCUAAUUCCAGAYGAUUUGCUGGAGCAACUAAACAAACUCAAGUACUUGGAGAAAAAAGUCAAUCAAAUGAGUGACUCCUCCCACCAGCUUCCACACAAACUUCAACGUAUGGAAGAGAGAUUUAAAGAGGACUUUGAGAGAGAAAUACGAACGCUUAGAGACGGGCUAAGACUACUGAAUAACCAGUUUGAAAAGCUUAAGAAGAUGAAAGACUCAUCACCAGCUUCAUCGGCUACAGCAAAAGCACAGGGAGAUGGAUCUAUAGAGUCUUUGCGCAACAAGUUAAUAGAUCUGCAAACAGAACAGGAGAARCUAGACAGCUUGACCAAAGAACUGGUUGAAGAACACAACAGAAAACAAAAACAUAUUGAUGCUCUUUACGAGUACGUGGAGCGGUUACAAGAGCACAAAGCUGAUAAGGAACAGGUUGCCAUGGAAAUAGACGUGAAAGCAGACAAGAGGGCGCUCGACAAUCUUAUCAGUCGGCUCAAGUUCGAUCAAAGUAUUGGAAACCUGGACCAAGCGAUACAAGACUUGUUGAACCGACUUGAAGCAAACGAAGCUGCUCUUACAGAUGCACUAAAGCGAUUAUCUGAUGAUGUUGACGAGAAGCUUGAUCGAAAGGAAAUAGACCCGCUUAGAGAUUAUCUUGAAAAGAAGAUCAAAAGCAUGAAGUGCAAGCACGUUGACCUCCCCCUGAACGAAGACCCUGCUGCAGGAUUUAGAAAAGCAUUGUUGCGUUUCCAUUGUAUAUCCUGCGAUAGACCAGUUGAUAUGGCCCCCGGACCUCCCAAUCCCGCACUGCCUCAGUCGCCGAGUUUACCGGCCUCUCGCACAGCUCGAGCUUACACUACGUUUGAACUCGACCAGAUUCGCCAGAUGAAUCGUGGGAUUUAUCCGAGUGACCAGGAUGUUGUCAGUACUAACAGAUCUUGUGGCGGGAGUCACACAAUGACAUACCCACACAGACGAACAGCAAGAUUCAAUCAAUAUUACUAUUAUCGAGACGAAGAAAUAGUACCAGUUCCCAUGGCUCAAAAAGAUGAGACCGAGUUGGUUGGUGAGGAUGGUCAGAUCUACAAGGGAAGAUUAGAGGAUCAGCAGUAUCGGGAGAUGUCGUCUCCACGUCAAACUCCAAGACCCUAUCGUGUUGCUUCAGCGAAAAGAUCCCCUAGUCCCCAACCUCCACGCAAUGGAAGUCCAACGAAUAGAAGACCGCGCUCGGCAGUACCCAGUUCACCUAGGUCAAGGGCMGAGGGUGCCGAGCCUCAAGUCUCAGAAGUCUCAGCUUCAUGACGAGGCUAGAGAGUUACUAAACUGUUAAUAGAAUAGAUCAAGUCAGUUAGGACUUUUUGGAUUUUUCCUGCCAUUCCCUUGAGAAUAAAAAUCCUGCUUGAUUCACAUUCGUAUKAGCAAAUUUUGUAUUACUGUGAAAAAGUCACGGCACAGACAAGCAGUGGCACCUCGUGCGCURGAACUGGUGCAAUGUCCCAAAGUCCAUACUGUGACGGUGUCUCGCUGUGUGCCGUGCCAGUCAUACGAAAUUCGCUCAAAUAUCUCCUUGAGUCAAGCGUUAAUUUUAUAAACAAAUAAUAGAUAUUUUAAAACGAGAAAAAAAUUGGUUACAAUUGACUCGGAUUUAGAAAAAAAAAAAAAA